CGAGCCCAUCGGACAUAUGGCAGAGAGGGCCACUAUGACCCCUGUGGUGACCCCGAAGACGAGACCUCCACCUCCCCCUGGACUGUUAAUUUUUGGUCGUGUGCAGCAUCUACAGGAUGAUUGACAGCUGCUCCUCCUGAUCCCCAGGAUGCCUGUGGUGCCAGCGGGCGGGACAUCUUCCUCCCACCACGUUGUACCUGUCGCCCUCACCUGCUCCUGGCUGCUUCUGCUCUUCCACGCCGCCUUCGGUCAGAAACCCGCCAAGCUGCCUCUGAUUGGCCGGAAGCCUUUUAUCGCCGCCUGGAACGCUCCGCUGGACAUGUGCACCAUCAAGUACAACAUCACCACCAACGCUGACCGCCUCUUCCACAUCCACGGGAGCCCACGAGCCGAUUGGACGGGGCAGAAUGUCACCAUCUUCUACGCCAACAGGCUGGGCUACUACCCCCACUACACGCCGCAGGGCACCGCUGUGCACGGCGGCCUGCCGCAGAACUGCAGCCUGGACCAGCACCUGUUCAAGGCCUACGAGGACAUCAACCACUUCAUCCCGUCAGAGGACUUCCGCGGCCUGGCCGUCAUCGACUGGGAGUUCUGGCGGCCUCAGUGGAGCCGAAACUGGCACAAGAAGGACAUCUACCGCCGCAAGUCAAGAGAGCUUACGGCCAAGGCGUAUGUCAACGUGACGGCGGCGCAGAUAGAGGAGCUGGCCCGGCGCCGGUUUGAAAAGAGCGCCAAGGCGUUCAUGCAGAGGACUAUCCAGCUGGGGAUACGCCUUCGCCCCAACGGCCUCUGGGGUUUCUACCUCUACCCCGACUGCCACAAUUACAACCUGCACGAGCAGAACUACACGGGCUUCUGCCCCCUGCUGGAGCGGCUGAGGAACGACGAGCUGAUGUGGCUGUGGAACAGCAGCACGGCGCUCUUCCCGUCCGUGGCGAUCAGGAAAAGUCACACCAACAGCAUCAGCAACCUGCACUUCUCCCAGCACAGGAUCCGAGAGUCGCUCCGCAUCGCCUCGCUGACCUCCAAGGAGUACGACCUCCCCACCUACGUGUACCUGCGGCUGGGCUACCGAGACGAGGCGCUGGCCUUCCUCACCAUGAAAGACUUGAUCCACACCAUCGGGGAGAGUGCUGCUCUGGGAGCUGCAGGGUUCGUCAUCUGGGGGGACCUGAACCUGACCUCAUCCAAGCAUAACUGCACCAAGGUGAAAACCUUCCUGAGCCACCGCCUCGGCCAGUACAUCACCAACGUGACGCGAGCCGCCGAGGUCUGCAGCGAAUUCCUGUGCCAGGGGAAUGGCCGCUGCGUCCGCCGAGACCCCCUCGCCCAACAUUACCUCCACCUGAGUGCCUCCAGCUACCACAUCCAGCCCGCCAACGACGGGGACUUCGCCGUCUCCGGAUGGCACUCGCAGUACGAGCUGGAGCUGCUGACGGAGAGGUUUCGCUGCCACUGUUACGAGGGCCAUGAAGGCGAGCGCUGCGACAGCAUCAACAAAGUGAAGGAGGACGACGGGCCGUGGAGGGAGGAGGAGGAGGACGAGCAGGAGAGGAGGAGGACGGAGUGGGAGGACGAGCAGGGUGAACGGUGGGAGGGCAGGGAGAGUGAGGCGCCGCCGACCGGCUGCAGCCUCCGCCUGAUGGUGCUGAUGCUCCUGUUGAACUUAUCGCUGAUAAAGACGGUCUCAUGAUGCGCUCUGACAAAAAGAGUCACAGAUGUUACUUUUCAACACACAGACAGACCGGAUUUGUCUGGAUUUGAACCGAUGACGUUACAGUUUCACAGGGUUCAGCAGCAGAAGCCACUUUAAAUGGCACUUAACUUAACACUUUUUGAGUCGUUUCCAUGAAUCUAGAAAUAGUUUUUCAGUAAAUGAUUAACAUUUUUGCUUCAUUUUAGAGCACUGAAUCGCCGCCCACAUUUCAGAUUUUGUUCAGAGAUUCAGGUCUGGUGUUAUGCUUAUUAAUGUGUGUUUUCCUGGUCUGAUGAUAAACUUUAUUGCAGCUGGACAGUAAGACAACAUUUAAGUUAAGUGCUGGCAACACUAGUCUUAUCCAAACCAUCAGAGAAAAAACGAUAAAUAUAUUCCAAUAAAUCCUAAUAUUAUAUUGUAAUUCAGAGUAAUUACAGUCCAUGGCUCCUCUGCCAGCAGCGCAGUUUCUCCCCUCACUCCUGCAAACACACACACAGGUCAGAGUUCAACUGGAGUGACUUUCUGUGGUUUCUUGACACUCUCGCUCUCUGGAUCAGUUUUGUUGAGAUUUUCUCUUGAAUCUAAUUCAGCUGUAAAUGCCUCCAUAAUCCCAAAUAAAAAGCAUGAUGACGUCACCCAAACAGAAACGAAAGGAACUUUUGGAGCUAGUGCCAUACUUUCAUUUUCUUUUCCUUUUUUAAAAACAAUUUUUUAGGUAAUUUUCUGUACUCAUUUCUUGCUAAUUCUGGGAAAAUCUCUUCUUUUAUUGCACUUUGCCUUCUUUUUAUGUUUUUAAAAGAAAUCAAUCAAUCAAAUUUGCCCAAGUUUUAAAGGGUUAAAAAAGUCUUAAAAAGUCUAAUUUGCCUUAAGCUGCAGGGACCCUGGAGUAACAGCAGCAAAUUGGGAUAUAGAUGCAGCUGUGGUGGCUGCUCUAAACUGACGUCUUCUCAAUAUCACCUGACAUCAUAGUUUUUAUAAAAAUACCUUUUUUAACUUAAACCUCUGGCAAAACAGACUAUGAUCAGGAAUGAAAAUGACGUUAGAUAAUGAUAGAUGACGUGAAGAUAAAAAAAGUGAAAGGAGUUGACAGUUCAAUCUGAUAUCAGGCCAGUAGAGGAACUUAAGAUAAACUUUGAAAAUGUUCAAUGUGAAACAAAACAGCUGCUGUGUUGAAAAGUAACACGUGUAAAAAAAAAAAAGAAGAAGAAGAAGAAGAAGAAGAAGAAGAAGAAGUGAAAUGGCACUUUACAUGACACAUUUACAAAAGGGUUUGGCAAGUUGACAGAUGAAGGUUUGGUUGAUUGUUUUUUUCUGUUCUUUGACCUCUGAAACAAUCUGCACUGCCUCUGCCUCGACAACUGCAUCCGUUCUCACAGGAAUGUUCAUCCACAGAUGUUAAACUGUCGCCUCCAGCAAAGAGACGAUCAUCCGGCAUCACCGCGGAGCCGAGGAGGAUGAUGCAGGAUGAUCCUCGGAUUUGUUUUGUGGAGACACGACAGAAAUCUUUCGGUGGAAACCAAAAAGUGCUACGACUACCACACGGUCGUACGUGGGAACAUUUGGACGCUUCAUCUGUGGUGUUUUUUUAAUUCAUAUUGCCAGAAACUUGUUAUUAUCCUCAACAAUAAGCUGUUAUUUCACUUGACGGUGUACAUGAAGUGUGUAUUUUUUUGUACUGUUGCUUACAUUAUAGUCUUGAAGUGCAGCAUGUCAGGAAUCGCCACAUAUUUGAGCCUGUCGGGACGCAGCGUGCACAUGUUGUAGGUGCUAAUGAUUCCAAAAUAUUAUGUAUCUCUAUCCUCUAUAUAUACAUAUAAAUACAGAGGACCUGGUUUGUUUUCAGUGAUUAUGUAGAGGGCGAUGUUACUUUAUCUCAGUUCAGACUGUGUUGUUAGUUUUUGAUGAAAUCUCGUAAAGCGUCUCUGAAGCUGGCGUACAGCACUGUAGGUAUGACCAAACACUGAACAGCAUAUCAGAGGCGGCACAUACUGAAUAUAUUACUGCAGUUCUUUGACGCCUGCAGUUCUUUAACGCCUCCUUUUUGGGUAAGAAGAAUCAUCUCCUGCAAAACUAUGACAAAGAAGAAAGCUGACUUAAAACUGACUUCAAGUUAGAGGUUCUUGAGUCUCAAAGUUUGUACCGAGUCUAAAAAAAGUUGUUAUGGGAUUGUUUAUAUUAGUUUAGGUUAGUUUGAAAGUCUGUCUCUUUGUUUUAUUUUUUACCUGAACCAACCCAAGCUAAUCCAACAGAGCAGCUAACUACAGUGCCAAAGUUAAACAAUCUCAAUUUCCAUUUUCUAGGAUUGUUUUUUUAUUCCUUUACCUACAUCAUCGGGUGAACUUUGCUCAGUGCUCAUGAAGCUGUAGAUUUUAAAAAUUAAUUACUCUGCGCACCUUUACUGGAGGAUUUAGGGCCAAUACACUUGUCGUGUUUUUGCGCCCUCUAAUCCACUGUUUUUCAUGUAGAUGCACAGAAGUGGACGAAACAUGCAAGCAUUCCUAAACGCACUCCUUUUCCAAGUCUUCUGACGUUGAGUAAUGGCCAAAAAGAGUGUUUUUGAGGAACAUUAUGAUGCCACAUUUGAAC